UCAAGAAGUUUUGUGCCAUGCAAAGUGCUGAUUUAGCAAAACAACCAAAGUAAGAAAACUUUUUGCAAACCUUCUUUCAAACUCACUCUUGAGCCAGACGCCCGCCAUCCGUGCUUGCAAUCAGACAAGGCAGAGAAAUGAUAAUAAGAAUUACUCAAAUUUUGGUCGUGCUCUUGGUGAUUCACAUUCAAAACUCUGAAUCGACGGAGGCUGAUGUGACUAUUAGUUUAACUAAACGUGAAACAGCAACCCCAGGACAGUCUCCCGCAACGAGUCCCUCAUUAGACUUGACGGCUAAUAAAGGCACUGCACUUCCAGAAGGAAAGAAAGCAAUGCAGCGUUGCUGUGUUAAGAGAAGGAAAGUGUCAUUGAGAAAUAGGAGGAAAAGAGCAGACAAGAUAACUUCGGUACAACUGAAGGAGUUGAGAUCAAGGACAAGAAAAAGGCAGGCAAAGAAGCAAGCCUUGGAGCAGAAAGUGGCACUCCGGUGUGGCCCUGAAAGAAAUGCCCGGCAGCAGCAGCACCUGCGCGACCUGAUGAUGAUUUUCGCUGAAUUACUGAAUGAAGCACUGAAGGGAUGUUAAAUUAUGUGCAAUUUUUCUUUCCUUUUUUUUUAAAGAAAAUCAUUUUCUUUCUUUGAAAUCACAUUAAAGAUUUUUAUUCCAUA